AUGUUUUUGCCAAGAAGCAUACAUCGCAGUCAACGCCAGAGCAUUGCCGAUGCAAGAAUUUCUUCGCUGCUGACCCUUCAAAUUCUAAAUGUCAAUCAAGCAAGCGCAUUGGGCAAACAAUGUAACGAACUGGAAGAUUGUUCAAUUAUUUUGAAUUCUGUAUGUUCAUCAAAUGGCAUUUGUAUUUGCCCUCCAAACUAUUUUGCAAUCGGCAAUCAUCUUUGUGCACCAACAAUCAAUUCAGAUUGUUUGAGCGAUGAAGAAUGCUUGUCUGGUGUAUUCCGUUGUGUGGAUAGUAAGUGUCAAUGCAUACAUGGUUACACAGCCAUUUCCGUUGACAGAUGCGUGAACACAAAUUCACUGUAUUCUUGUAAAGAAACUUCUGAGUGUAGUGAUUCUUGGCAUUGGAAUUGUGCUCCAAUUGGAAAAUGUGUUUGUCACAUAAAUAACAUUGCAAUAAAUAAUUCGACAUGUCUUCCUUUACUCAACGGCUACUGCUGGAAGGAUGAUCAAUGCAUGGCUGAAAACUCUGUUUGCAUCGAUUAUCAAUGUGGAUUCUGCGCCAAACUAGAAGCCUCUUGCGUCUCAGAUGAAGACUGUUGGGAAAUAAAGCACGCAAAAUGCUCUACAGAGAAGAAAUGUGAUUGCAGAGCGAACAAUCUCAGGUUAAACGAAACAUACUGUGCGCCAUCAUUGGGAGGAUUUUGUUGGAAGAACGAGACAUGCGUAACUAGAAAUGCCCUGUGCAUUGAUAGUGAGUGUCGGUGCAGAAAAAACUACUCAGCAAGCGAAGAUCAAUGCUUACCAGUUCUCAUCGGCUUGCAUUGCAGUGAAGAUAUAGAUUGUGCUAAAAUAAGAUUUGCAAAAUGCUCGAAAAACAAUUAUUGCGUUUGUUCCCUCAACACAGUUGUUGUGAACGACAUUUCAUGUGAGCCGGUGUUAAAUAGUUACUGUACGACGGAUAGCGAUUGCCUACUCAAUAAUUCCGUAUGCAAGAACAAUAAAUGCCAGUGUAGGCCAGAAUACGUCGCUAUUAACAGCAUUCAAUGCAUACAACUUGAAUUAGGAAUGUCCUGCACUAAUGAUGAUUUUUGUAAUUUCCACAUCAGCCACUCAAUAUGUUCCCCAGAAAAGAAGUGUGUUUGCAGUCCAAAUAGUUAUUACUACAACAGAACCGUACAUUCACUUCUUUUCAACAUGACCACAAAUUAUGAACAGUGUAGAGUUGAACAAGCUUUCUGUCUUGAUAAUAAGUGUUUUCAUCAUUCUGUCGCAGGUUUCUCAGAUAAAUUCUGCUUUCAAGACAAAAAUUGUUUUGGUUCAUUGUUAGGAGAGCUUUGUAACGUUGAUAAGGACUGUCUUCCUUAUAAUUCCGUCUGUUUAGAUAAAAAAUGCAUGUGUGCAAUAAACUAUAGGAACAAUUCGAUCCUCUCUUGCUUACCAAGUAUGUUAAACCAGAAUUGUUGGAUCAAUAGUCACUGCAGUGCAAUACCGAAUGCUGAAUGUUCGGAUUAUCAAUGUACAUGCAAAGCAGGUUACGCUGAAUCUAAUGCAAUGACUUGCUCACCUCUUUUAGGAACUCAGUGUACGGAACAUGAAGAAUGUGCCGUCCGAUAUUCAAUAUGUUUCGAUGGAGAGUGCGAGUGUGCUGAUUUUUUUGUACCACAAUCAAAUAACCGGUGUCAGUCCAAAAUCUUACACAAGUCUUGUGAAACCGAUCGUGACUGUGAAAAUAUAAAAUUUUCAUAUUGUUCCUCCUCUAACUUGUGUUCUUGCAUACGAAACAAUAUUGCUCUGAAUGGUAGCGCGUGUGGAGCACUUUUGAAUCAAUAUUGCUCACAUGAUCUUCCCUGUGUGACAGAAAAUUCAGUAUGCGUCAAUGAUAAGUGUGAAUGCAAAUCUUUUUUUAAAAAUUCUGACGCUAAAUGUUUGCCAACAGCUCGUCUUGAAGAGUGUUGUGACAACAAUUAUGAUUGCACCAUGAUUAAGUAUGCUGAGUGUUCUACAAGCAAAAAAUGUUCUUGUUUAAAUAAUUAUGUCUCUGUAAACAGUACAUUAUGUAAAGCAGUUUUGCAUGAACAUUGUCAAGUAGAUGAUGAGUGCUACAUCGGCAAUUCUGAAUGCGUCGCCAAUAAAUGUCGGUGCAGGGAUAAUUUUUCAGCUGUUGGUUCUAAUUCUAGAUGCGAGUCAAGCACGUUGGGCAAGCGGUGUAACAUAUCCAAGGAUUGUUUGCUUAUUAGUAAUUCCAUAUGUUCUUCAGAUAAAAUAUGCGUUUGUCCUCCCAACUACUCUGCAGUAGGCAGUUAUUUUUGCACUCCUACAAUUAAUGCAGCUUGUUCAAAUGACAUACAAUGCUCCAAUAAUUUAUUUCGAUGUGUGGAUGGUAAGUGUCAAUGCAAUUCUGGUUAUACAGCCAUUUCCGUUAAUAAAUGCAUGAAAACGAGCUUGAUCUAUUCCUGCGAAAAAACUUCUGAGUGCAGUGAUUCUUGGCAUUGGAAUUGUGCUACAAAUGGAAAAUGCGUUUGUCAUGUGGAUAAUAUGGCGAUUAAUAAUUCUACAUGUCUUCCUUCUCUCAACGGCUAUUGUUGGAGGGAGGAUCAAUGCAUGGCUGAAAAUUCUGUUUGCACAGACUACCGUUGUCAAUGCAAACCUAACUUUGUCGCUGUUGCUAACAAUCAUUGUGUAGCUGUAUCAGUCUGCGGUAUGACUUUUUUUUCUGAUACAGCCAAACUAGAAGCCUCUUGCGUCUCAGAUGAAGACUGUUGGGAAAUAAAGCACGCAAAAUGCUCUACAGAGAAGAAAUGUGAUUGCAGAGCGAACAAUCUCAGGUUAAACGAAACAUACUGUGCGCCAUCAUUGGGAGGAUUUUGUUGGAAGAACGAGACAUGCGUAACUAGAAAUGCUCUGUGCAUUGAUAAUGAGUGUAGGUGCAGGAAAAACUACUCAGCAAGCGAAGAUCAAUGCUUACCAGUUAUCGGGAGCUUGCGUUGCCGUUAUGAUAGAAAAUGUGCUAGAAUAAGAUUCGCAAAAUGCUCGAAAAACAAUUAUUGCGUUUGUUCCCUCAACACAGUUGUUGUGAACAACAUUUCAUGUGAGCCGGUGUUAAAUAGUUACUGUACGACGGAUAGCGAUUGCCUACUCAAUAAUUCCGUAUGCAAGAACAAUAAAUGCCAGUGUAGGCCAAAAUACGUUGCUAUCAACAGCAAUCAAUGCAUACGACCUGAAUUAGGAAUGUCCUGCAUCAAUGAUGAUUUUUGUAAUUUCCACAUCAGCCACUCAAUAUGUUCCCCAGAAAAGAAGUGUGUUUGCAGUCCAAAUAGUUAUUACUACAACAGAACCGUACAUUCACUUCUUUUCAACAUGACCACAAAUUAUGAACAGUGUAGAGUUGAACAAGCUUUCUGUCUUGAUAAUAAGUGUUUUCAUCAUUCUGUCGCAGGUUUCUCAGAUAAAUUCUGCUUUCAAGACAAAAAUUGUUUUGGUUCAUUGUUAGGAGAGCUUUGUAACGUUGAUAAGGACUGUCUUCCUUAUAAUUCCGUCUGUUUAGAUAAAAAAUGCAUGUGUGCAAUAAACUAUAGGAACAAUUCGAUCCUCUCUUGCUUACCAAGUAUGUUAAACCAGAAUUGUUGGAUCAAUAGUCACUGCAGUGCAAUACCGAAUGCUGAAUGUUCGGAUUAUCAAUGUACAUGCAAAGCAGGUUACGUUGAAUCUAAUGCAAUGACUUGCUCACCUCUUUUAGGAACUCAGUGUACCAAAGAUGAUGAAUGUGCCGUCCGAUAUUCAAUAUGUUUCGAUGGAGAGUGCGAGUGUGCUGAUUUUUUUGUACCACAAUCAAAUAACCGGUGUCAGUCCACAGCUCGUCUUGAAGAGUGUUGUGACAACAAUUAUGAUUGCACCAUGAUUAAGUAUGCUGAGUGUUCUACAAGCAAAAAAUGUUCUUGCUUAAAUAAUUAUGUCUCUGUAAACAGUACAUUAUGUGAAGCACUUUUGCAUGAACAUUGUCAAGUAGAUGAUGAGUGCUACAUCGGCAAUUCUGAAUGCGUCGCCAAUAAAUGUCGGUGCAGGGAUAAUUUUUCAGCUGUUGGUUCUAAUUCUAGAUGCGAGUCAAGCAUGUUGGGCAAGCGGUGUAACAUAUCCAAGGAUUGUUCAAUGAUUAAGAAUUCCAUAUGUUCUUCAGAUAAAAUAUGCGUUUGUCCUCCCAACUACUCUGCAGUAGGCAGUUAUUUUUGCACUCCUACAAUUAAUGCAGCUUGUUCAAAUGACAUACAAUGCUCCAAUAAUUUAUUUCGAUGUGUGGAUGGUAAGUGUCAAUGCAAUUCUGGUUAUACAGCCAUUUCCGUUAAUAAAUGCAUGAAAACGAGCUUGAUCUAUUCCUGCGAAAAAACUUCUGAGUGCAGUGAUUCUUGGCAUUGGAAUUGUGCUACAAAUGGAAAAUGCGUUUGUCAUGUGGAUAAUAUGGCGAUUAAUAAUUCUACAUGUCUUCCUUCUCUCAACGGCUAUUGUUGGAGGGAGGAUCAAUGCAUGGCUGAAAAUUCUGUUUGCACAGACUACCGUUGUCAAUGCAAACCUAACUUUGUCGCUGUUGCUAACAAUCAUUGUUCUUGUGAAACCGAUCGUGACUGUGAAAAUAUAAAAUUUUCAUAUUGUUCCUCCUCUAACUUGUGUUCUUGCACACAAAACAAUAUUGCUCUGAAUGGUAGCGCGUGUGGAGCACUUUUGAAUCAAUAUUGCUCACAUGAUCUUCCCUGUGUGACAGAAAAUUCAGUAUGCGUCAAUGAUAAGUGUGAAUGCAAACCUUUUUUUAAAAAUUCUGACGCCAAAUGUUUGUCAACCCGACUUGGAAAGACUUGUGACAACAAUAGUGAUUGCAACAUGACCAAGUAUGCCGAGUGUUCUACAAGCAAAAAAUGUUCUUGUUUAAAUAAUUAUGUCUCUGUAAACAGUACAUUAUGUGAAGCACUUUUGCAUGAACAUUGUCAAGUAGAUGAUGAGUGCUACGUCGGCAAUUCUGAAUGCGUUGCCAAUAAAUGUCAGUGCAGGGAUGAUUUUUUAGCUGUUGAUUUCAAUUCUAGAUGCGAGUCAAGAAUGUUGGGCAAGCGGUGUAACACAUCUGAGGAUUGUUCAAUGAUUAAGAAUUCCAUAUGUUCUUCAGAUAAAAUAUGCAUUUGUCCUCCAAAAUACUUUGCAUUAGACAAUCAUUUUUGUAUUCCUACAAUCAAUGCAACUUGUUUAAAUGAUAUACAAUGCUCCGAUGAUUUAUUUCAUUGUGUGGAUGGUAAGUGUCAAUGCAAAUCUGGUUACACAGCCAUUUCCGUAGACAGAUGCAUGGAAACGCGCUUGAUGUAUUCCUGCAAUAAAACUUCUGAGUGCAGUGAUUCUUGGCAUUGGAAUUGUGCUACAAAUAAAAAAUGCGUUUGUCGUGUGGAUAAUAUGGCGAUGACUAAUUUGACUAUUUGUCUUCCUUCUCUCAACGGCUUUUGCUGGAGGGACGAUCAAUGCGUAGCUAAAAAUUCUGUUUGCAAAGAUUACUAUUGUCAGUGCAAACCAUACUUUGUCGCUGUUGCUAACAAUCAUUGUGCGAUUGUGUAUUUACCAGGACAUUUUUUAAGGUGUGAAUGCGCAUGCGCAUUCAAGAUGGCAGCACUAAACAGUCUGAGUAUAGCGUACACAAAAUUGUACAUGCUGUAA